ACAAUUUCUUCUUACAUGAAACUGAAAAUUUUUCUAUUGGCAAAAUAUAUAGAAUCAGCUAGCUGGAAAAAUGGUUUGUAACCUUUACUCAACAAAGGCAAGGCCUUUUGAUGGAAGCGAGAGAUCAUCAGCAGGAGAUGAUGAGAUCAGGGUGGGUGAGUCACCUGCUGGCUCAGCUACAAACAUCGGUAAACAUGUGGUGAUUGUAAUGGAUGGGCUUAAAGAUUUCACCAUGGAACCUCUUGAAUGGGCACUCCACAAUAUUAUGCCUACCGGUUCUACUGUCACUCUCUUGGGUCUCAUGCCAUGGCUUAACAUUCCCCUAUCUUCAAAAACAUGGAGGGAUGUUUGGAUGCUGGAACUGGAAGACCUUAGUAUUGCAAAAGAUAAAAGUGAAUGGAAAAGCGAUGCAAAAUAUUUGAAGCUUCAAGCUGUGAUAGACCUCUGCAAAAAAUAUGGGGUUCUGCCGCAAAAGGAAGUAGUAAUGGGCUAUCCUCCACGACUACUGGUUGUUGAGAGAAUCGUCAGCCUUCAUGCUACAUGGGUUGUUUUUGACAGUGACAAGUAUCACAAAAAGAAUAGAGACUUCUAUGCGGAAAAAAUUCCAUGUAACAUGGUGAUGAUGAAUGAAGGAGGAGAUGUUGAUAUGAUUAGAGGAUUUCGAUUGAAUGAUGAUAGAACUCCUGGAGAAUCGCCAGCCUCUUUAGUGCCAACUCCCCAACUGAAUCUUUCUCAACGAUUGAAGGUAAUACUUGAAGAUUGCGAUGAAGAUGAAAGUAAAAAAGCACAAGGGAAUUGAAUAAUUAUAUUUAAUUUCACUUCCAAAGUUCAUAGGUUUUCCUCUUAUAUUUGUUCUAUAAUAAAUUUAUAUCCCGUUGUUGUACGUAAAUAAUUACAUGAUUUGUUUAGUCUACUAAUUAACACAUCAGCAUUGUCAUGCAUGUAAACAUGGGAUUAAAGCUUAAAGGAGCCAAU